AAUCAACCAAUCCCUCAUUAUACAACGAUUCGCAAUUACUACAAAAAAAAAAGAAAACGUAAAUACGGAGUACUUCAGGGAAAAAUAAAAAUAAUUUUCAGAAAAUGUCAGGUUUAAUCGACAAAAGAAAAAGAAGUCGGGAAGAUGACAUCUGUGAUUCAACGCCACUAUCCAAACGGAUUAAUCAGCUGCAUUUGACAAAUUUGGAUGAGCCCCAGCAGGCAUUACAACAACUGCAUUUUAAUGACCACACAAAACAAGUUAAUUUAGCUCAGGUAUACAACAGUAACCACAUCUGUACCAGUGCUUUAAAUAUGCAUUUGCAUAAUAAACAUGAUAUGACUGCUGCUGAGCAUCAUCAGCAACAACAAAUACACUUGCAACAUCCUUAUGCACCAGACCUGAACGAAGCUGAGAAUCCAUUCUAUUAUAUUAAGAAUAAGUUAUUGUAUGAAUUGCAUUUGGAACGUCUUAAGAGGUGUGUUGUAUAGAGCGAAAAUAAGAGAGAUAAGGUGGCAAUUGCAACAGAAAAUGUUCAUAUGAACAAAGCAAUUGCAGCAGUAAACAAAAGCAAGCUUAUACAAGCUAAGGCAUCUAUUUCUGAUGAUAACUAAUUUUAGGAUGUAAGAUAACAAAUAGUAUAACUAAAUGGAUAAACGCUAAGUGAUGUUUUUGUUUUUUUUUUCGUUCGUGCUAUUAUCAAGUAAUUUGAAAGAUUUUUCGGAUUAACAUAAACAACAAUUUAAUGCAUCUGAAGUCUUUUUAAGUGAUUGUAAACAUCAAUUAUUGAAAAUAAUCUUAAGCUAUUAUAAAAGCCAAAUACUAUUUGUUUGUAAAAGCCGUCUUGAAAAGCAAUAAAUUAUUUUUGUUUGUGAACCCCUGAAA